CCCCGCCCUGCAGGUCACUCCGAGUGACACUUCCAUACUCAAUCUCACUUGAUCUCAUUAAAUCUUAUUGCGAUCAUCUCAAAGGAGAUCUCCACAUAUCAAAGAACAAUUCUACUUGCAAACGAUAUCACCAUGAACAUCCUCCACUCGACCCUCUCAACCUGGCGGGAUCGCUUAGCACCCGUCUCGCGCACCUCCACCUUUCGAACCACCGGCCAGAUCACGCCCGAAGAAUUCGUCCUCGCAGGCGACUACCUAGUCUACAAGUUUCCAACAUGGUCCUGGGCCGAUGCAUCCUCUCCCGCGAAACGUGUCUCAUACCUACCCCCCGGCAAGCAGUUCCUGGUUACGCGUGGCGUGCCGUGUCACCGACGGCUGAAUGACAACUUCGCCGGCGAUGCGGGUCACGAGGAUGAGAUCGUCCAAGACAUGCUGUCCGGCGACGGGUGUGGUGUAGGAGGUGCAGGAGACGAUGAGGACGGCUGGUUGCGCACUGGCGGAGGCAGGGAAGUGGCCGAUACUCAGGGCGACAAGAUACGUGAUGUGAGGACAGUGGAUGACUCGGGAAACCUGGGGGAGAGGGAUGAAGGAGAUGAGGAGGAUGAGAUUCCUGAUAUGGAGGAUGAUGAUGAUGAUGAAGAGGCUAUCAUCAGGGAACCUAUGGGCAAGGCGACGACUCAACCCCUCCGUACAUACACCCUCUAUAUCACCUACUCCAAUUUCUACCGUACCCCCCGCCUCUAUCUAUCGGGCUACCUCUCCCCUUCUGAACCGCUCCCCCCACACCUCAUGAUGGAGGACAUCGUCGGUGACUACAAGGACAAAACAGUCACCCUGGAAGACUUCCCCUGGUUCGACGGAAGCGUGAAGAUGGCCACCGUCCACCCAUGCCGCCACGCAAGCGUCAUGAAGACCCUCCUCGACCGCGCCGACGCGGCCCUGAAAAUCCGUCGAGAGAAGCUGAAGAGACAACAGGCGCAGUCAGAUGCUGCCGCCCCCGACAGCGGUCUGGAAGGUCUAAUCGACGACACCAAGGGACUCUCUCUAUCCAGCAACAACAACCAGGGUCAGUCUAGCGGGGACGAAUGGGAAGUACUCCAGGCAGAUGAGGACGAACAGGCCCCUGCAAUUCGCGUCGAUCAGUAUCUAGUCGUUUUUUUGAAGUUCAUUGCCAGCGUCACGCCUGGUAUCGAACAUGACUUUACUAUGGGUGUUUAAUUGGAUUAACUUUUUUUUUUCAGCGGGUGGUUUUCUUCCUUUAUCACGAUAUGAUAUGUUUACUUGGGAAGUUAGUACUUUAGCCGUUUCUAGCCUUUCCUUUUUUUUUUUUUCCCUCCGUUCAUCUCAUACUACUGCUCUUGAUUGGCGUGUCAGUAUUAGCAUAUUCAUAUUCAUAGGAACCAUAAUCAAUCCAGAU